AUGAACUGUUCAGAAACAAAAGAUCUCAUAACCAAUCACGGUUUCAUAUUUGUAUUAAGUUUGCAAGCUGUAGCUGGAUUAUCCUCCACGAUAAUUUCAUCGAUAGUUAUCUUAAAAUGUGGUAACCUAUAUUUCCACAUAAAUUGCAAGAUACUCAUCGUGACCAUGUUGCUUCUAUUCAUUGUACAUUCCUUCCUAAUCACAACACUGCAGACGUCGCAGGUCGUUAUGUAUCUAACGUACUCUGAUCCAUGCAACGUUGGACUACCACCAGAAAUUUGUAUGGCUUUACGCUCUCCAGCCACAGCUUGUAUGAUCUCCUUUGCCUGCAUUAAGUUUGCAAUGCUUGUCGAACGAUCUGCUGCAUUAUGGAAACGCAAAGAUUACGAGACAUAUGGGCCGACGCUUGGGGCAUCGCUUGUUAGCUUUAGUAUCAUAACAGCAAUGGCGGCAACAGCUUGGAUUUUUUGGAAUGCAAAUCUUUCACAAAAACAAAACUACUGCUCAGCAUCUACAGCACGUACCGUGGAUAAAAUAACGACUUUAUUAUUUGUUCUUACUGGUAUUGACGUAAUUACGUUGAUUGGAAUCGCAAUUUUACACUUUUGUAACGACACUGCAAUCAAGAGAAAAGUCUUCGAUUUAAAAACUUCGUAUCAAUUACACGAAAAUUACUCCGUUAUUCGAAUAAUGCUUCCGCUAGCUAUUUUUCAAACAAUUUGCUACGCAAUUUUUUCUAGCUCAGGCGCUAUUAUUUCACUAUUCCGAAAGAGUUUCACAACUGUUGGAUACCGCAUUAUGUUCGCGUCUUCCUAUAUCUUGCCCUACUACACAUUAAUUUCUCCUAUUCUCACAUGGUUCGUCAUACGGUACUCAAGAAAAUUGAAAGCCAACAAACUGAAGUUGGCAACACAGCAUAUAAGUAAUAGAAAUGAUGUUUAUUUCAAAGCAUAUUCGGAAAUGUGGUAA